UAUAAAAUCCAGCAUCAUACCCUGAUAUCACAUUCUCAAUUCUGCAUCCAGACAAACGAACACAUCGAGCACAUAAAUUACAUUCAAACCCACUGCCUAUCACCAUGUCAGCCCCUCCAGCCCUGAACAUCCCCCCCUCACCCUCCACAGUCACAGUCUCCAUAAUCGACACCACCAUCACCGUCCCCUUCCCCGCCAGCCUCGUCCUCCACCCCAUCAUCAACAGCAUCACCCAGCUCACCGCAAACGCCUACUGUUUCCUCAUCACCCACUUCCCCUCUAACCAGACCAUUCUCUUCGAUCUCGGGGCACGCAAAGAUUUUGACAGCAAUGCACCAGCACUAGUCCAGCGCCUUCGCGCUUUCGGCAUAAACCCUACGAUUGAGAAAGAUGUCCCUGAGAUCCUGGAGGAGGGCGGGAUGGAUUUGAAAGAUGUUAAUGCGGUUAUUUGGAGCCAUCAUCAUUGGGAUCAUACGGGGGAUAUGUCGAAGUUUCCAUCGACGACGGAGUUGGUAGUUGGGCCAGGGACAUCGACAAUGUGGCCUGGGUAUCCUGCAAAUCCGGAAUCGCUGCUACUAGAGAGUGAUUACAAGGGCCGUCCAACCCGCGAGAUCACCUUCGAUCACUCCCCAACCGGUCUUAAGAUAGGUCGUUUCCCAGCCUUCGAUUACUUCGGCGACGGGAGUUUUUACCUCCUCGAUGCCCCUGGCCACGCAAUCGGGCACAUGUGCGCCCUUGCUCGAACCACUUCCACCCCGCAAACCUUCAUCUUCAUGGGCGGCGACACAUGCCGACACAUGGGUGAACUGCGCCCAAGCCCUUACUUCCCCCUCCCCGCCACUCUUUCUCCCUCCCCCCUCUCCCCCACAAAGACCGCAUACACAACCUCCUGCCCCAGCUCUCUCUUCCUCUCCCUCCACCCUUCCAGUUCCGCAACCGCACCAUUCUACACCCUUGCCCUGGACUCGAAGGGGAAGAGUCUAGUAUGUGUUGAUGUCAACGACGCAGAGCACACGCUGGAGAGCGCGAGGGAGGUGGAUGCGGGGGAGGAGGUGUUGGUGGUUAUGGCGCAUGAUGCGAGUUUGAGGGGGGUGGUGGAGUGCUGGCCUCAGACGGCGAAUGGGUGGUUGGAGAGUGGGUGGGGUGUGGAGGGGAGGUGGAGGUUUUUGGGGGAUUUUGUGGGGGAGAAGGAGGGGGAGAAGGGCGGGGUGGAGGCGGGGGAGGAGGCGCGGCUGUGA